AUGGAUCCUGAGCUACGCGUGGUUCAUGCUGAGAAGACCGUGGACAGUAAUAAGUUUGUCAAGGAUGUAGGUAAGUUACCAACUACAUAUCGACCAGAUCGAAAAGAUCGAAAGGACCCUAUCGAUACGAGUAUCUUGCCACUUUUGUCUAGAUCAAAAGAAGAUUUUGGUCAAAUCAUGCAAACUGCAAAUUCGCGUAAGAACCGUUAG